AUGCCGAAGGACCACGAGUUUUCCGUGGAAGUUAAAGCUAUAAUAUUUAAAGUGAUUCGUUACGUCGAAAGUGAAAAAUCUGGUGCGGUAAUCCCAUUAUUUAAUGUCAACGAACGUUUGGUUGCCAUGCUUGGUAUCUCAGCUCAGUCAGUGAAAAACUUAAAACAUGAAAUGAUAACACAGCCAACACUGGAUGAGUUGAUAGAUGAGUCGACUGAAUCGAUUUGA